AUGGUUGCAGAAAUCAUGCUGAAAGCCUCAAAUGAAGAACGAGGUACGGUUGCUGGCUUGACUGCGCUAUCCAAAGACCUUGAUGAUGUAAACACUGAUGCUGGUCAAUCCUAUGCCUUGAGUCCCCGCCAUCAGAAGACAUUGAUGACAACAGAUACUUAUCGACUCCUUGCUCAAACACUUUGCUUCCGCUAUCCUCUGGCACCAGUUCACUGCCUCUGUGAUCACCCUGUUGUCCCUCACAGCCUCCCGCUUGAUCACACUGCUAUUUUUUUCGACUAUGUGGUCAUCAAGGGGAAGCGCUACUAUGCCUCUCGUACUGUCGGAUCAAACCGCUCUUCCUUUGUUCAUGUCAUUAUCCCCGCUGACAAUCCUAUUCAUCUACAUGGCGAGGUCUUGGAAAUUUUCCAGGUUGAUCAGUCUUGGCGUGAACAUGUGCAAUCACUUUGGUUUGCGCGCAUGCAUUGGUUCAAACCAUGGCAGGGUGAUGCAGGAAUGGUAUGGAAUAAGUUUGCCGAGUCCGUGAGUGUGCAGCUGUGGACACUUGGAGAGUACCUGGAAGAUGAAGUUCAGUUGCCGCGUCUCAUUGAUCCUGACUGGAUUAAUGGUCAGUUAGCAAUGACUACUGUGUCCGUCAGUGUUGAAAAGACAAAGGUAUGGGCAACUAUCAAUCUUGCCAAGGUACGUCAAAGGCUUCUUGAACAAGAUAAAUUGACCGGGUAA